ACCCCAAUGUUUACUUGGAGCAAUGCCAGCCUGCCAGGUGGGUGCAGAGCAACCGCCAGACACAAACUGCUGACCGCCUUGAAAGGGGUUGCUGGCUGGGCUGGCUACAGCUGGCGCAAAUAUACGGAUAGAGCGUGCGAAAUUGCGACAAUAUGACCGGGGUGGACAGACAGGCGGUCAAGUCGCCCAAGUCACGCUCACAUGUGGCAGAAGUAUCGAGAAAUUGAGGUUGGGCUGCGGAUCAUCAUUCACCGCAGAGAAGGGCAGAUGCGGCCAAGCCGAAGACGUGGCUCACGACUGGCAUGUCUUGUCUGUCUUCUCUUGCCAAGUCGCGCUCGCUUCCAGUCGGCGGACCGACAUACUAUCGGACUUGUCGGACGACGAUGCCCUACGCUACCUGGUGGUGGGGGCUAUUUUGAUUCUCACUUUCGGAAUUACCUAGCUCCAUGUCCGAGAGACAAGCGAAGCCCGGCUUGGAACAGCCGCCAGCCUACGGGAUUCGGGAGUGCAAAGGCAGGCCACAGAGUGCAAACACUGAACACAAUAAUUCCACUUUGUGCACUUGUGCGCUCGGGGCCGCCACGCCUCGGCAGUUGGCAGCCAUUGAUGCCACCAAUUGCCCAAAGAGAAUGCGGAAUGUGGAAGUUCACGGAUAGGGCUCCAGUCUCCAGGAGUCCCGACUCUAGAGCGUUCUCCAGUCUCCAGAGUAUCUGUAUUCGUACGGAUACUUCGCACAGAGUGAGCAUGUUCUUUUGUGGCCGCAGCCCAGUGCGGGAAAAGUUCGCCACCUCCUUGCAGAUGAUGUUACCAAAUCGUCGGGAUCCGCUCGGGACGUCGCGCGUUACGCGAUGGUGCGCCCGUUUGCACAUGGCUGUGGCGACGAUGGUUGGUAUCUGCGCUGCUAUGUCUACGGAUACGGUGUACGGUUACCGGGGCUUGUCAGUCAUCACGGUUUCUGUGCCUUGUGGCCUUCAUUCCUCAAGGGUUUUAUGGAUAUUGUUACGUGUUGAGGGACAAUUUUAAGGGGUCCCAGAAACUCCCAUGUGGUGUUCCAGGGAGAACCAGUCAACCAGAGCAGUUCGAGGUAAUUACAUAGUAGGGGGGUCCUUCUUGCGGGCGCUCCGAAGAGGGGGAUGAGAAGCAUCCUUGCAAGUUUUCUUACGAUGUCUAGGAAAGCAAUUUGUUGACAACCAAAGAAUACGGUCAACAUCGUAUGGAUAAGGAAAGCCCUACGGUCAAUCCUUGGGGCGUGAGGUUCAGAAGAGCAAGGACUUGACGGUGAACUUUGCACAGGGCUCCGGUGGGUGUAAGUCUACCUUGGGAUGCAGGGAUCCGCGGGUGAUUUCUCAUUUCCUUGCGCGCUGCCCGCUUCUUUAGCGGAGCCUUG